UUUAAUUUUUUACAGAAAGAUCCAAUAAUUGCAAAACAGCUUUUCAGCAGUUUGUUUUCUGGUAUUCUGAAAGAGACGGAUAAAUUUAAGACAAAGUCUGAAAAAGACCUCAUCACUCAAAAAUUGCUCCAAGAGUUCAAUCAUUUUCUUAAUUCCACUUUUUUUUUCUUCCCACCAUUUGUCUCUUGUAUCCAGGAAAUCAGUUGCCAACAUGCAGAAUUGCUGAGCCUUGACCCAGCUGCCGUCCGUGCUAGUUGCCUGGCAAGUCUGCAGCAGCCUGGGGGCAUCUGUCUUCUUGAGCAGGCACUUCUCCACUUGCUCCCUGCAGAACCACCUACCAAGCGAAUUCGGGGCAAGACCUGCCUCCCUCCUGACGUCCUCCGGUGGAUGGAACUUGCAAAAUUGUAUAGAUCAAUUGGAGAAUAUGAUGUACUCCGUGGUAUUUUUAGCAGUGAGAUCGGAAUAAAACAGGACAGUCAGAAUGCAUUGUUAGCAGAAGCCAGAAGUGAUUAUUCUGAAGCCGCUAAGCAUUAUAAUGAGGCUCUCAAUAAACAGGAGUGGACAGAUGGUGAGCCAACAGAAGCCGAGAAGGACUUUUGGGAACUGGCAUCCCUCGACUGUUACAAUCACCUCUCUGAGUGGAAGUCACUUGAGUACUGCUCUACAGCUGGUAUAGACAGUAAGAACCCUCCAGACUUGAGUAAAAUGUGGAGUGAACCAUUUUAUCAGGAGACGUAUCUACCAUACAUGAUCCGCAGCAAACUUAAGCUCCUUCUUCGAGGAGAGGGUGACCAGACUCUGCUGACAUUUAUGGAUGAGGCUAUGUGCAAGGAGCUGCAGCAGGCUCUCCUAGAGCUUCAGUAUAGUCAGGAGUUGAGUCUCCUUUACAUACUGCAAGAUGAUGUUGACAGGGCCAAAUAUUACAUUGAAAAUGGCAUUCGGAUUUUUCUGCAGAAUUAUUCUAGUAUUGAUGUCCUUUUACAAAGAAGUAGACUCACCAAAUUACAGUCUAUACAAGCUUUAACAGAAAUUCAGGAGUUCAUCAGCUUUAUAAGUAAAGAAGGUAAUUUAUCAUCUCAGGUUCCCCUUAGAAGACUUCUAAAAACCUGGACAAACAGAUAUCCAGAUGCUAAAAUGGACCCCAUGAACAUCUGGGAUGACAUCAUUACAAGUCGAUGUUUCUUUCUUAGCAAACUAGAAGAGAAGCUGACUCCUCUUUCAGGUGAUAACAGUAUGAGUGUGGAUGAAGGUGAAGGUUUCAGUGAUAGGAGAGAAGCACAAGAGCCAGAGGAAGAUGUUCAUUCCCUAAUCCGGAGCUGCAGGUUUUCCAUGAAAAUGAAGAUGAUAGAAAGUGCACGGGAGCAGAACAAUUUCUCACUUGCCAUGAAACUACUGAAGGAGCUACAUAAGGAGUCAAAAACGAGAGAUGACUGGCUCGUGAGGUGGGUGCAUUGCUACUGCCAGCUGAGCCAUUGCCGGAGCCACACGCAGAGACCUCCCGAGCAGGUCCUCACUGUGCUGAAAACCAUCUCGCUGUUGGAUGAGAAUAACACAUCAAGCUACCUAAGCAAAAAUAUUGUGGCUUCCUGUGAUCAGAACAUUCUCUUGGGUACUACUUACAGAAUAAUAGCCAAUGCUCUCAGCAGUGAGCCAGCCUGCCUUGCUAACAUUGAGGAGAGCAAGGCUAAACGGAUCUUGGAGCUUUCUGGAUCCAGUGCAGAGAGUGCAGAAAGGGCAAUCAUGGGUCUGUACCAGAGAGCAUUCUAUCACCUCUCCAAGGCUGUGAGGACAGCUGAAGAGGAAGCCCAGGCUUCUUCCUGGGGCCAUGGGCCUGCAACUUGGGUGACCAGUGCUUAUAUGACGCUAGUGGAUUUCUGUGACCAACAGCUCCGCAAAGUGGAAGAGAAUGCGUCCAGUGAAUCACAAAAGAAAAAACCAAUUACAGAUUCUGUAGGAAUGGAGGUGUAUCCAGCACUUGUGGUGGAGAAUAUGUUGAGAGCUUUAAAAUUAAAUUCCACUGAAGCCAGGCUGAAGUUUCCUAGAUUACUUCAGAUUAUAGAACAUUAUCCAGAGGAGACCUUGAACCUAAUGAGAAAAGAGAUUUCUUGCAUUCCUUGCUGGCAGUUCAUUGGUUGGAUCAGCCACAUGGUGGCCGUACUGGACAAAGAGGAAGCCAUUGCAGUGCAGCAUACUGUGGAAGAGAUUGCCAAUAACUAUCCACAGGCAGUCACCUAUCCUUUGAUCAUAAGUAGCGAAAGCUAUUCCUUCAAAGAUACUGCUUCUGGCCAUAAGAAUCAGGAGUUCGUGGCAAGGAUCAAAAGUAAGUUAGAUCAGAGAGGAGUGAUUCAAGAUUUUAUUAAUGCCCUAGAACAGCUCUCUAAUCCUGAUCUGCUCUUUAAGGACUGGGUUGCCGAUAUAAAAGAUGAACUAGGAAAAAACUCUGUAAAUGAAAAAAAUAUCAAAAAACUUUAUGAAAGGAUGUAUGCAGCCUUGGGCAACCUGCGUGCUCCAGGCCUGGGGCCCUUUAGAAGGAAGUUUAUUCAGGCCUUUGGGAAAGAAUUUGAUAAACACUUUGGAAGUCAAGGUUCUAAGUUACCUAGAAUGAAGCUCCAUGACUUCAGUGAAAUUACUGACUCACUGCUUAUAAAAAUGAGAAAAGAUUCAAGGCCACCUGGAAAUCUGAAAGAAUACUCGCCCUGGAUGAGUCAGUUUAAAGUGGAGUUUCUGAGAAAUGAGCUGGAAAUUCCAGAUCAGGAUGAGUGGCCACCCCCAUUUGUCCUAGAUAGCACUGGGCUUCCUUCUUCAGCCAAGUCUGGGAGAGCGCCCUACAUUCCUCUGUUCAAAACCUAA